AUGGGCAGCGGCGGCCGCAGAACCACGCGCACCGUAACGCUCGUCGCCGCGUCGGCCUGGGCGGUAGCCGCGUGGGUCCGUGGCGCGAGACGACGGAGAAGACAUAGGAGGCGCUUGCGGGCGCAGCAGCAGCAGGCCCCGUCGGAAGCGAGGCGAGAAGCCACCACCGCCUCCUUCUCGGACGACGAUUCGGAUGAUGAGGUGGCACCUUUGAUAGUACCGCAGACGCCGUCGUUCCGACGAGCGUCUUCCACAGAUUACCGACAAGGCACGCAAGAAAGCCGCACUAAAUUAGUACCAGCUGAUGCAGCUAGAGCAGCGAGGUGGCUCGCGGGCACUCCUCUUGGUUUUUUAGUUGAUGAUCCGAGCGACGAGGCUCUGAGGGAUGCCGUCCUAGAACGAGUGCGGUGGCGGCGCUAUAGGCCUGGUGCCACCGUCCAAGCGCGAGGCGCUCUCCGAGACACCCUCAUCCUAGUAGUGAGCGGCUCCCUCGCCAUAAAAGCCCUGCGCGAAGACGACGAGGAGAGCGACGACGAAGAGGAUCACCUCGAAAAUGUGGAGCGGCCGACGGUCCAAAGAGCGGCGCGGUCCCAGUCGCUGUCGACGGCGGUGGGCUUGGACUUGGACGACGACCGCACCGUAUCUUCAAGACAUGCGGAGCAGUCGCCGCGCGAGAAGGUCGUCGCGACGUUAGGACCCUUGGAAGCGCUGGGCAAGUUCUCCGUCGUGGCCGCUGCCGCUUCUGAUCAAGAUGUGUCUUCCUCACCCCAUAGGGUCGUGUCGCAUUCGACGGAAGGUGGUACGAUCACUUGUGAGCUCGACGCGGCAUCUCUUCGCGAUCUAGCUACAGAAAGGCCCGCCGCUCUACUCUCGUAUGCUCGCCGGACGCUAUCAAGACUGCAUCGCGUCGCGCGCUUCGCGAAUCGGGAAUUCCUCAGGAUGAACACUUGUGGAGAUUCAGCAGCGUCACUUUCGCAGGACGACUAUAGCUCACUGAAGCCCUUCGCUUCGAGACAUGCUCCCUCCACCAUCAUCAAACUCGACGACCCGCGCAAAUUAUAUGUGUUAUUGGAAGGUUCCGUACUCGUUGGUGGUUCGUUGGACGAGUCGAGGACGAGACGCGUCACGGCGCCCGCUGUUCUAGAUGGGUUUCGGUUCUUGGAUGACGACGGCCGCAGUACCACGGAACGACUACGAAAAGCAUUGCAAGUCAUGGCGUCGAACGGCCCGGACGACCACGGAGUGGUGCUCGCGAAGAUCCCAGAAGGAGCGUUCCGCACGAAUCUAAGUAUAGCGGCGAACGCCUCGAAAUGUCUGUUGGGCGUCGUCGCGGCCAUGGCGCCCGAUGUAAGAGCUUUUACCGAUGCGGGACUGUCGCGGAGGUGGCUGCACGCGGGCGUCAAGCUCAUGUCUCGAGGCGACCUCGCGCCCGACCAUUUCUAUGUCGUCGUCACGGGACGAGUCCGUGUCUUGCGAUAUGACGAGGAUCUCAUAGAAGAGGUGGAGGACGUCUCGCGAGGUGGCGUUGUGGGUCUCGCCGCUGCCCUCGCAGCGAAGCAUCGCCUCGAUUUUGACGCGACGUGUCUCCGCGAUUCGGAGCUGGUGGCGGUGCCGCGGAAAGCGCUAGAUGGAAACGGCGCGCUAUGGCUGGCGAAAUUGGCCCAUGGGCUGAAGGGCCAGAAGGAGCAGGACGAAGUGAGUACGGUCGCGAUUACGGGCGUCGACGGCGCGGGCAACUUGGCAGCUGGUGCCAACGCCGAAACUUUGUGUAGAUCCUUCACGGCCAUCCAGGAGGGCAAAGCUUUGGUGGUCACUCCAGCAGCAAUAGCGAAGCGUUUCGGGGACCCGUGGACGUCGCACCACGGCCACGUCGCGCCCGCGUUGUGGAGAAGACGUGUGGCUUCGUGGCUCGCUGAGCGAGAAGAGCGGCACCGGUUCGUGGUCCUGGAGUGCUUCGACCGCGAAGACGAGGAGGACGACAUAGUACCUACAAGGGCGUUCGCGCGGGCGUGGGCUCGGUUGGCGUUGGCGCAAAGCGAUGUGGCGUUGGUUGUCGCGGAUGCGGCUCGCUCGUCGGCCGUGGCACCUCGCCGAUUGGAGAGAAGAGCGUUGUACGGCGGCUCGGAAAUAACCAGGAAGAAAAGUAUAGUUUUACUCGUGCACGACCGCAACGCCCCUCCACCGAAACGGAGUAGUAGGUGGUUGGCUGCGAGACCGGCACCGACCCAAGGAUGCGCGCCUCGACUGCUACACUGUGUGAGGAAUGAUGCAAACGACCUAGGACGUGUUGCCAGAAUUGUUGCCGGUCGAGCUGUUGGAGUUGUGCUUGGUGGAGGUGGCGGUCGCGGCCUGGGCCACUUAGGUGUGUUGCGGGCCCUGGAGGAAGGCGGGUUGAUGCCCGAUGUGGUUGCUGGGUGUAGUCAGGGCGCCUACUGCGCAGCGGCCUACGCUCUCCCGCAGCGCAAUGAUGAUCGGCUGGAGGCCACGUCCGUUGCAAGUGAGGAGAUCGCUCGGACGCUGACCAGUCCGCCUUCAUUGGCUUGGGAGCUGACGCUACCACUACUCAGUGUUUUCUCCGGUAAACUGUUUAGUAGGGCGGUGCGUAGGGGUUUGUCCUUCGCCUGGUCCCGACCCAUAGGACGGAGAAACGACUCGUGUUUGUCCGACGAAAGCGAUGAUGAUGAGGAACACCCUUCUGAUGCUAGAAGAGUCGUGAGAAGAAAGGUCUGGUCGCGACGAGACGUCGAGGACUGCUGGCUGCCCUUUUUCUGCGUCACGACGAACUUGACGAGGCAGCAAGGGCAUUCUAUCUCGGCGGGAGACCUGGUCUUUGCGUGUAGAGCUUCUAUGAGUGUAGCUGAAUUGCUACCACCGAUGCGAUGUCAGAAGACCGGCGACCUGCACUGCGACGGUUGUUAUGUCAAUAACCUACCGGUGAGAGAAAUGAGAAGUACAGGAUGCGUCCGAACGGUGGUAGGUGUGUCGGUGGUUGAUAGUAGUGGAGGAGAGUUUCGCGACGUCAUCGUGUACGGGGAAAGCGGUGUUUCCGGCUGGUAUCUUUUGCUGCGACGAUGGUUGAAUGUCUUGCUAGUUUGUGUCGGUCGGUCUCGAGAUUGUCGGAAGGUGCCUAGCAUGUCCAAGGUUAACGCGACGCUCCAAGUACUGAGAAAUAAAUCGCAAUUAGCGGAGGACCUGGAGGGGGGCACCAUGGACCUGUUCCUGGAGAUCAAGCCCGUGGCGGACUUUUCCGCGUCGUGCUACUGGCGCUUGACGAGGAUGGCGGGGCUGGCGGCUGAUUACGCGCUCCCGAAAGUGCGGAGGUUCGUGAGGAAGCGGGACAAUCUCAGAAGGAAGCUCUCGGCGUCCCUGGCGGAUCGCGACCAAGCGUCGUUACCUGCGUUACGGUCGGCGUUGUUUGACUCCGUGGACCGGGACCUGGAUACGUCCUCGGGCAGUCGGAACCGGGAGCCGGCGUCGCCGCGACGGGCGGUGGAUGAUCUCCUUAGGCGGUUGUCGUCGUCGUCGUUGCGCGCUCGGCACCCGUCGGACAACCUGCGCUGGUGA